UAUUCAUUCCCUCAUUCCCCCUCUACCAUCUCCACAUCCACCUCCACCUCCAUCUCCACCAAAACCCUAACCCUAACCCUAAUUCUAGCCAGCAUGGGCCAAGAACAAAACCCUCCACACGUCCUCUUCGUCUCCUUCCCUGGCCAAGGUCACCUGAACCCACUCCUCCGUCUCGCCAAGCGCGUGGCCGCCACCGGCCUUCUUGUCACCUUCUCCACCACCAUCUCCGCCGGCCAAAAGAUCCAAUCCUCCACCUCCACUCUCCCCGGCGUCUCCACCCCCAUCGGCUCCGGCCACCUCCGCUUCUCCUUCUUCUCCGACGGCACCGAGCUCCUUGACCCUUCUAUAGACAUCUCCACCCUCAGUCAUCACCUCAACACCAUCGGCUCCUCCUCUUUCUCCUCCCUCCUCCGCAGCCAAUCCUCCGACGGCCACCCCGUCUCCUUCAUCGUCAACAACCCUUUCAUCCCUUGGGUUCUUGACAUCGCCGGCGACUUCAAUAUCCCCUGCGCCGUUCUUUGGAUUCAGUCCUGCGCCGUCUUCUCCAUUUACUAUCACUAUUAUCACUCCCUCUCUACCUUCCCAUCUUCCGACAACCCUAAUCCAACCAUUACCUUGCCCGGCCUCCCACCACUCACCGCCGGCGACAUCCCCACCUUUCUCCUCCCCACCAACCCCUACCCUUCUCUCACUGACUCCAUCCUCUCCCAAUUCAAAAACAUCUCCAAAGCUACCUACAUCCUCCUCAACACCUUCGACGAACUCGAACACGAUGCUAUCCAAUCCAUUUCCAAGCUCUUGCCGGUCAUCCCUGUCGGACCUCUCAUCGAAGACGAAGAAGAUGAAGAGAAGUCCAAGAAGAUAAGAGGUGAUCAAUGGAAGGUGGCAGAUGAGUGCAUGGCAUGGUUGGACGAGCAGAAAGCCAAUUCCGUUGUUUACGUGUCACUUGGGAGCAUCGUCGUCUUGUCGCCGGAGGAGAUGGUUGAGAUGGCCACCGGACUUAAGAACACCGGCCUGCCAUUUCUCUGGGUGGUGAGGGAGGAGUUGGAGAAGUACUUGCCGGAAGGGUACGUGGAGGAGAUGAAAGGGAAAGGAAUGGUGGUGAGAUGGAGCCCUCAAGAUAGGGUUUUAGGGCAUGAAGCAGUUGCAUGUUUUGUUAGUCACUGUGGAUGGAACUCAACGUUGGAAACGAUGGCUGCCGGAGUGCCGGUGGUGGCGUACCCUCAGUGGGGGGACCAGGUGACUGAUGCGAAGUUUUUGGUGGAUGUAUAUGGGGUGGGGGUGAGGAUGAGCUCGCCGACGAGGAGAGAGGAGGUGGUGAGGUGUGUGGAGGAGGUGGUGGCCGGAAAGGAAUCGGAGAAGAUGAGAAGGAUGGCCGGAGAGUUGAAGGAGAAGGCUAGGAAGGCAAUCAAGGAAGGUGGGUCUUCCUUUGUGAAUGUUAAAAGAUUUGUGGAUGGCAUUGCAAUACCUCUGAACAACAACAAAAUCAGUUAAAAAAGUGUUUGUUAGCAUUUGCUAGUGUUGGAGUUUUGCCCAUUAUGUGUUGUUGUUACUAAUUACUAUUUAUUGUGAGGGUUGAUUUGGAACAUUGUUAUUAAUGUGUAGUCUAGCUCCCAUCGUACAUCCCUUUCAAGAUAUUUGUUUAAUUUGAAUGGCAACAACAACAACAACAUUAGUUGGAAAGUGUUUGUAGGCAUUUGCAAGUGUUGGAAUGUUGCUCAUUAUAAUCA